GUUAAUUGCCGCCAACGGUUUAUAGAUGAUUCAAGAGAUUUUAAUUACCUACAGGAUUUAAGCUGCUUUUUUUCUUGUUUCGAUCUGCAAUAUAUCAAAAAUUCCAAGAUGACAAGGAUUUGAACACCCACUAGGGUUUGAAUUUAAUAUAUCAAGUUGGUAUGAUGGGUGCUGAAACUGUGAGCGAAUCGCGGCUUAGAAAUUUCUGGAGAAGUACAGGGAAGAGCUCAGGAUCAGAGCCUGAGAAAACCAUGAUCGGUAUCCUGGCAUUCGAAGUGACCGGUAUCAUGUCUAAGACGAUUAACAUGUGGCGUCUGGUAGGUGACAGAGAGAUUCAGAGAUUAAGAGAAGAAAUUACAACGUCACGUGGUAUUCAAAGACUCAUCUCGGCAGAUGGUGAUUAUCUCAUGGAUCUUGUUAUGGCUGAGGUAAUUAGCAAUGCCGGGUGCGUUGCAAAAUCAAUUGUUAGGCUUGGAAAGAGGUGUAUAGACCCUGGGUAUCAUAAUCUUCAAAUGAUUUUUGACGAUCCAGUCGAGAUGGGUCUUAAAGGGAGCGGCUGGGAAUAUAGGGUGAAUAAGAUGGAGAGGAAGGUUAAGAAAAUGGAAAGGUUUGUUGCAGCCGCGAUGCAGCUCACUCAAGAACUUGAAGUGCUUGCAGAGCUUGAGCAAACUUUGAGGCGGAUACAGGCUGGUGGCGGCUCUAAUUCCAAAUUUAUCGAGUUUCAGCACAAGGUUAAUUGGCAGCGCCAGGAAGUUAAGAAUCUCCAAGAAAUGUCGCCUUGGGUUAGAUCACAUGACUAUGUUGUCCGGCUUUUACUUCGAUUUAUUUUCACAAUAAUCGCGAGGAUCAAGUCUGUUUUUGGAACAAAUCAGACAGGAGAUAAUGACGAAAGCAAUCUCUCUGGGGAUUUGGGAACCAACUCUCUAGCUCGCAGCUGCUCUGUCUCUGGUUCUUUUUAUUCCUCUAAGAGUAACAUGUCCAGGUUUUAUUCAGGACCUAUAGUUAGACCCCUAGGGCGGUCAUUUUCAAGUUUAGGGCAUAGUAACAGUAAAAACAGGAUGUUACUUAUUCGACAGUCAUCUGUUCUCUGCGGAAAACCAUCACUAAUGAAAUCAAGACGGCUAGCUCCUAUUGCGUCUUUUGGUGGGUGCAUUAAGGCUGGUAAGGAGUCACCUGUUAUCGAAAGCUGCGUGCCAAAAAAUGAUCAUGUUUUGAGGUGUAAUGACCGUCGCCAAAGAUAUAGAGGUGGAUCAAAAGACACUAACACACUUGUUAGGGGCUUAACUUCAGCAAAAGAAUCUUUUUUCAACAUGAAACAUAAGAUGUUAACUGUACCCCCAUCAAGUCUUGGUUAUGCUGCAUUGGCUCUCCACUACGCAAAUAUUAUCAUACUCAUUGAGAAGUUGGCUACUUCGCCUCACUUGAUCAGUUCUGAUGCUCGAGAUGACCUGUAUGGUAUGUUACCAACUAGUCCAAUGAUUUCCGGGGGCAAUGUGCUUCUUGUUCAGACCCUCUACUUUGCAAACCAAGCUAAGACUGAAGCAGCAAUGGUUGAGCUUCUCAUGGGUCUGAAUUACCUUUCGCGAUUUGGUGAAGAAAUAUAUUGCAGAAACACCAUGGAGUCUUCUCCUAGCAGGGCAUGUGAUGAUUAUUUUCUCAACCACGGCAUUCCUCAAUAUAGGCCCAUAAGAGACUGUGCCUUAUAAGUGACUAAUCUUUAACUGCUUGGCUUGUUUACCUGAUUGAGUGCAAUGCAUAGCUUUUGAUGCUCUACAUUAUGGGGAUGAACAUGCAUACUCUUAAUACUUAUAACAUAUAUGAGCAGCAGAGCACCUGCCCCUAUGACAGAUAACAGCAUUAAGUUCUUCACAUCCAAUUGCUUUUGUAUAUCUAUCUUUUGAAAGCUGUACUAAUAUUAUCAACUUUGUCAAAUGGGAAAUUAUAAAACUACUGAACCAAGUUUGUCUAAGACCCCAUAAAGGGCUUACCCGUUU